GCAGCACUUGCUCUCGCUCUUUUGAAGAAUCGCAUUCUGAAGCAGGCGGAAAGCAUUCGAAAUGGCGGGUGGAAAAUCAAUCAGGUCGAACCCGUCACAGGCUAGAAAGAGAGUUGAUGCUGUCGAUUCUCGCGCUGCUAAUGGUCUUGUCCGCGCCAAAGAUGGCAGUGCUUUUGCCAAAUGUGAAGAGUGCAACAAGAAUGUUCCUGCGGCCCUCAUCAACAUGCAUAGUUGCAGCCUUGAUGCUAAAAUUAAAAUGAAUCUGGAAGCGCAGGUUGUGGAAAAGCCUGCUGAGGUCAAGAAGCCAACGGAGAGGAAGAAGCCUAAAUCAAGUGAGCCUAAGGCAAAAAAGGCCAAGGUGGAGAAGGAGAAGGGGAAGAAGGGCAAGGAUCCUAACAAGCCCAAGCGCCCUCCUACAGCCUUCUUUGUCUUCCUGGAAGAGUUUAGAAAAUCUUUUAAGGAGGCAAAUCCUGAUUCAAAGGAUGUUAAAAGGGUUGGUAAGGAGGCAGGAGAGAAGUGGAAGUCCUUGUCUGACGAGGAGAAGAAGCCUUACGUGGACAGAGCUGCUGAACUGAAGGCAGAAUACGAAAAAGCAUUGGAAAGUUAUAAUGCCGCAGAAGACAGAGCUGAUCAAGAGGGAUCUGAUAAGGAGGAUGCGGUUGAGGAAGCUGGUCAAGAGGAGUCCGAGAAAGAUGACACGACAAAGGAAAAUGAAGAGCUCACUGAUGAGGAGUAGCGGGACAUGCUUACUGUGUACACUAGAAAAAUUACCUGAAUGCUUGCUGUAGGGCUGUAAAUUUGGAAAUAUGUCGGGGGAAGUUUUUAUUUAGAUGGUAGGAUUGCUAUUUUGCGACUUCAAAUGCAAAAUGAUUUUGGGAUUUUCUCCAUUGAAAAAUUCUUUUAAAUCAUAGUUAAUUAUAACAUGGUUCCUGGUUUUCCACAGGCUGAAAGGGUCAUGUCAUUCGAUUUUGCCUUUUGCCACCUAACCUUUGGUAGAAUUUGUGUCGAAGCCACUGAUAGUUUGGUUGGACUGCAUCAUUAUGUUUCGAUGAUACUGGGUGCUGGAGCGAUAUUUCUUUUCCCGAAUCUAAGAUUUUUUGAAGGGAAAAAAGAAAGAUGAAAUUACUGAGCUUUCAUUCUCAUGGCAUAUGUUUUUUCUGUGGAACGUGCGGUC